CCCCCUGUUUGUUGCGAGUUAGGUGAUCACCUUCGAUCUCCCGCGCUUAUUUUGCGCGCCACCCUGCUGCCGCUCUCUGCACGUACGUCGUGUCGUAUCCCAGGAGGACCCGGCGCGGCGCAAGGCUCCCCGCUAAUCCUACCGCUCCGCAGCCGCCGCAGCCCGCAGGUGCGGGGUGGUUGACGGCCGCUUACCCGCUCCGGCGCCAUGCGCACACGCUAGGUGCAUCGAGGUCAAGCCAAACGCUGCCCACCGCCUCUGCCUCCCAUAUAAUCCUCGUGCACGUCCUUGCUCAUCAUCUCAACACACUUCGUCUCCGAUCCUUCCGACUCAUCGCCAUCCAUCAGGACCAUCACCAGUAGGCCCAGAGGAGCUCGAUUUUCCUUCCGAUCAGGACCACACCACACCACACCACCGACGUGACGCUGAUGACGAUGCCGACGACGUCCUCGGCGGCGGCGCCGGCGUCGCCGCCUCGCGCGCGGCGGUCCCGGUCCGUGGUGGCCGAACUGGAGGGCGCGCUGCUCCGGAGCGCCGACACGUUCCCGUACUUCAUGCUCGUGGCGUUCGAGGCGUCCGGCCUGCCGCGCUUCGUGCUGCUGCUGGCGCUGUGGCCGCUGCUGCGGCUGCUGGAGCUGGGCGCCGGCCGGCGCGACCUAGCGCUGCGCGCCGCCGCGUUCGUGGCCACCGUCGGGGUGCCUCGCGCCGACGUGGAGGCCGUGUCGCGGGCCGUGCUGCCCAAGUUCAUGGCCGACGACGUCGACCCGGCCGCGUGGGCGUCGUUCGGGAGCUGCGAGGGGAAGCGCGUCGUCGUCACGCGGAUGCCCCGCGUCAUGGUGGAGCGCUUCGCCAAGGAGCACCUCGGCGCGCACGCCGUGGUCGGCUGUGACCUCGAGUACAGCCGGCUCAGGCGAUCCACGGGGCUCCUCAAAGGCGCCGGGCAUGACGCCGUCGCAACCCGUGUGCGCGCGCUGUUCGCCGGCGACGACCGCCCGGACCUCGGGAUCGGUGCGUCAGAGAUGGCAAGCUCCUUCUUGACAUUCUGCCAGGAGCAGCUCAGGCCGCCGUUCACCGCGGACCACGACACGAACGCGCCACCGUUCCGGCCGGUCAUCUUCCACGACGGGCGGCUGGUGUGCCGGCCCACGCCAUUCAUGUCCCUCGUCAUCCUCUUCUGGCUGCCCCUCGGCGUGCUGGUCGCCUUCGUCCGGAUCGCCGUCGGCCUCAUGGUCCCCAUCUGGACCAUCCCCUACAUCGCGCCGGUCUUCGGCGGCGCCGUGAUCAUCCACGGCCGCGCGCCUCCCCCCGUCAGAGUCAGCGACGACGCCGCCGCCGCCGCCGGCUCGCCGUCGGGGGUCCUCUUCGUCUGCACGCACCGCACGCUCAUGGACCCCGUGGUGCUGGCCACCGUGCUGGGCCGCCGCGUGGCCGCCGUGACCUACUCCAUCUCCCGCCUCUCGGAGAUCCUGUCCCCGAUCCCGACGGUGCGGCUGACGCGCGACCGGGGCGUGGACGCGGCGCGCAUGCGCGCGGAGCUGGCCCGGGGCGACGUGGCCGUGUGCCCCGAGGGCACCACGUGCCGGGAGCCCUUCCUGCUCCGCUUCUCCAAGCUCUUCGCGGAGCUCAGCGACAGCAUCGUGCCCGUGGCGAUGAACUACCGCGUGGGGCUCUUCCACCCGACGACGGCGCGCGGGUGGAAGGCCAUGGACCCCAUCUUCUUCUUCAUGAACCCGCGGCCCGUGUACGAGGUGACGUUCCUGAACCAGCUCCCCGCGGAGGCGACGUGCGCGGCGGGGAAGAGCCCCGUGGACGUGGCCAACUACGUCCAGCGGAUCCUCGCCGCCACGCUCGGGUUCGAGUGCACCACGCUCACGAGGAAGGACAAGUACACGGUGCUCGCCGGCAACGACGGCAGCGUCAACGCCAAGCCGCCGGCGGCCGGGAAGCCGGCUUGGCAGAGCCGCGUGAAGGAGGUCCUCGGGUUCCUGCUCCACUAACCCAUUACUUGCACAGCUCUGGACUCUGGCCCAAAUACUUCGAUUGCUCACCAAUUUGAUUGAGUUUAUACUGUUACAUUACAUUUAUAUACAUGUACGUAAUAAUAAAGCAUGUGUAGAGUAGUAGUAAAAUACAGCAGUGAUUCGCAAAAAAAAAAAACAAAAAAAGGGAGUAGUGAUUAGCCUUUCUUUACAUAAUAAGUACUGUAUAUUGUAUUGUUCUUUAUUUUUCAAUUGUUUUGGUGAAUUUUUACUGGGUGUAAUCAAAGGUCAAAGUUGUUCCUCAUCUACACUAGGCUUUGUGCUGAACUGCUGAUCGUUGUUUGGCGUCCAUUUAUUA